AUGGAAACAUUUUGUCUGUUUGACGGCAUCGAAGGCGAUGCUGUGCUGUCGGAUUAUGAAAGCGCAGAGGACUCGGAGGCAGAGGAAGAGGAUUACAGCGAGGAAGAAAGUGCCAAAGUGGAAUUGAAGCAGGAUAGCAAUGAUUCCUGUGAGUCUGCAGCAAAAGCAGAGAAAGGGGAUGAGAAACUGGACUCUAAAGGUGCUGUUACUGGUGAAAGGCAAAGUGGGGACGGGCAGGAGAGCACCGAACCUGUUGAGAAUAAAGUUGGGAAAAAAGCUCCCAAGCACCUGGACGACGACGAGGACCGGAAGAACCCGGCUUACAUCCCACGCAAAGGGCUCUUCUUUGAGCACGAUCUCCGAGGGCAGACGCAGGAGGAGGAGGUCAGGCCAAAGGGUCGGCAGCGGAAGCUGUGGAAGGACGAGGGUCGCUGGGAGCACGACAAGUUCCGGGAGGACGAGCAGGCCCCCAAAACCAGGCAGGAGCUGAUUGCACUGUAUGGCUACGACAUCCGCUCUGCUCACAACCCUGAUGACAUCAGGCCGAGGAGGAUGCGCAAACCGAGGUUUGGGAGCCCCCAGCGAGACCCAAACUGGUCCAACGAGCGGCCCAACAAACCCCCCCGGCACCAGGGCACAGACAGCACUUCUGCUCCCCCACGAACCUUCACCAGCAGGAGCUCUGCGGGAACGGGGAGGAUGCCCCCUCCCAGGAGCUACCCGAGGGUGGGAGGCUACAAGGAGACCCGCCCGGGAUACCGAGCUUCAGAAGUGAGUGUGCAGCACCCAUCCCGAAAUGGUGAGCAAGGCAAACAGGAGAGCGGCUAUCGAGCGAAGCGUGCGGAGCAGAGCCCACCGAGAGAGAAGUCGCCAGAAGUGGAAGCAGUGCACGUCCAUGGCAGUCCUGUCAAGGAGGAGGGUGCUCUGGAAAACCAGACCGACGCUGUGCAGCCGCCGCCAGACAGACCAAUUGAAAAGAAGUCUUACUCCCGGGCAAGGAGGACCAGAGUCAAAGCUGGGGACACGGGGAAGCUGGCAGAUGACGUGCCUGCUCUGGAAGCUCCUGCGACACCAAAACCCGUCCAGGCUGAGACGUCCCCCCCACCAGCAAAGAGCAGCAACUGGGAGUCACCAGUGGAAUCCAGCUUGGAUGGACUUGAGCAGGAGAUGAUUCAGAUGAAUCUGACGGAGCAGAACUGGAGUCCGGGGCAGUCUCAGUUCAUACAGCCCCGGGAGCUGCGGGGUAUUCCCAACCAUAUGCACGUGGGAACUGGGCCACCUCCUCAGUUCAACAGGAUGGAGGAAAUGGCGGUGCAGGGCGGCCGGGUGAAGCGCUACUCCUCGCAGCGGCAGAGACCACCAGUGCCAGAGCCUGCCCCCCCCAUGCACAUCAGCAUCAUGGAGGGGCACUACUACGACCCACUACAAUUCCAGGGACCAAUCUACACCCACAGUGAGAACCCGGCCCCGCUGCCGCCCCAGGGGAUGAUCGUGCAGCCAGAAAUGCAUCUCCCUCAUCCAGGUUUACAUCCCCACCAGACAGCAGCCCCGAUGGCAAACCCUGGGCUCUACCCUCCGCCGGUCUCCAUGCCUCCAGGGCCCCCGCCGCAGCAGCUGCUCGCCCCGACUUACUUCUCCCCGCCUGGAGUCAUGAAUUUUGGGAAUCCUGUACCGUACCCCCCCGGAGCGCUGCCCCCACCGCCCCCUCCACACCUCUAUUCCAACACACAGGCGCAGUCCCAGGUGUACGGGGGGGUCACCUACUACAACACUGUCCAGCAGCAAGUGCAGCCCAAACCCUCACCACCACGGAGGACGUCCCAGCCUGUCACCAUCAAACCGCCGCCUCCCGAGGACAGCAAAGGUGAGAAGGUGAAGGAGAGGAGCAGCACGUAGGGAUGCGGCCGUGGAACCCCAGCGCCGGACCCGGCGGUUCUGCACCAGGAGGCCCCAUCUGGCGGGGAUGC